AUGGAUCCGUUCGACGUGCGCAUCCGCUUCACCGGCCUCCUGUCGAGCAUGACGGCCAGCGUAACAAGCUCGACCAAGGCCGCCCAGUAUGCCUUGAAACACCGAGAUCUGGACGAGGACUUGCACUCGUGCAUCUUGGAGCAGCUGGAGAGAACUAAUAACUCCAUGAACAACCGCGCCAACAUCAUGUUCUUCGUCGAGCACCUCUGCGAUAUGGCCGCGCGCGAAAACCACUACGACUACAUCCGCAUGAUGCAGCGCGACAUCCUGCGCAUCGUCGACGCCGUUGCCCCCGAGAACGGCACCGGUGCCGCCAACGUGAAGGUCGUGCGCAAGGUCCUGCAAGCCCUGCAGACCAAGGCCUUCCUGCUGCAGCAAACGGUCCUUGAGAUCGAAGAGCUGCUGCGGGAGCGCGAUACGGAGCCCGACACGGAGCUGGAGACCCCCCGCGUAGCGGCGCAGAAGCUAGACAAGAAGCAGAUCGAGCAGCGCAUCGAGGAGGAUCGCGAGAGGCACAAGAGGUUGAGGGAGCAUAUCUGGGCGACGCCGAAGGGGGGAGCCCAGGAUGAGUUUGACAAGCUCUGGGAGGAGACGAGUGAUCUCGGGGAGGAUGAUUUCGAGCUGUACGCCGAGGAGGCGGCCGAGAGGGCGAAGUGUGCCAUGGAGUGGAAAGAGGAGUUUGCGAAGCUGUCCAGCGGCACUGAAUGA